GCCUGUCAUCUUCCCCACUGGCCAUCCCAUCCUAGAAACAACAAACAAGCACCAGGUCCACGGCCACCGAGCGGCCGUUCUCCGGCGAGCCAUGUCCGGCGGCGGUUGCAGCGUCCGCGCAAUCUGGAUCCUCACGCCGCACGACGUGGUCGCCUUCUCCAAGCGGUUCGCAGUGGUGGAGAAGCGGUGGCGCGUCGCCUGGGAGAAGGAGGGGCCGGGGAGGGGCGCGAAGAUGCCGCUGCCGGCGGACUACGAGGUCGCCGCCGCCUUUGCCGACCGCCGGAGAAGGGAAGGCACAGCACGUGGUUCUGGUAUCCGCACGAGCAUAUCAUCUGUGGGAUCGGAUUCUUGGGUCGAUGAUCCAAUCACUCGCCAUAUUAUAUCCCUUCGUAUCGACAAAGAGGAAGAGGACGGGUUUAUACUGUGGCCAGUGGUUCUACAGAAACGUGGAGGUUAUUAUGUCCUUGUGUUGCCUCUGGUGGAUCCUCAGUCGUUUAGAGCGUUUGAAAGCCUCUUGAAAAGACCUGAUUGUGGGAGUUCGGCUAAGGAGGAUGGCAAUCUUUCUUCCAUUCUUCUUAAUCUUCCGUGCAUAACAGGGGCAUUUAUGGUAGCAAAUGUCAUUGGCGAUAUAAUUACUGGUGAUGUUGCUGAACCGGAGGUGGUCGUUAGUUCUGGCCCCUCUGUUGGUGGACUGUUAGAUUCAUUGACUGGAAGUAUAGGUAUUUCUGCCCGGCCAAAACCAAUCACUACACCUGUUGCUGCCCCAAUUGCAUCAGUUUCCUCGCCUGUUGGUGCUUCUCAAUCAGAGUCUCUAAAAGGUGGUGUGAGACCUUUUGACAAGGAUGUACUACGGAACUUCAUCAUUGGUGCUAUGCCUUUUGGUACACCUCAGGAUCUUAAUUAUGGCAAUGUUACUUCGAUUAGAACAACUGGAUUUUCAGCUGAUCCGCUUCCGACAGAUCAGAAGCAACCUGCCUGGAAGCCUUACCUAUACAAAGGGAGGCAAAGGACUCUCUUCUCUAGCCUGGAGACUAUAAAUGCUGCGCUAUAUGACCGUGAUGAUGUGCCCGAUUCCCUUUCUGUUUCGGGACAAGUGACCUGUAGGGCUGAACUGGAAGGGUUACCUGAUGUUUCUUUGCCACUGACUGGGUUAAAAGCUGCUCGUGUGGAAGUAUCAUCAUUCCAUCACUGUGUUCAAGCUUCAGAGCCUACUGGCGAUAAGCAAUCUCUUAUAUUUCAACCACCACUAGGAAAUUUUGUUUUGAUGCACUAUCAAGCUCCAUGCAACAUUGAUCCACCUGUUAAAGGCUUCUACCAGUUGUCUAUGGUAUCUGAGAAUGAAGGUGCUUUUCUAUUUAAGUUGAGAUUGAUGGAGGGCUACAAGUCUCCGUUUAUUAUGGAAUUUUGCAUGGUAACAAUGCCAUUUCCUCGGAGAAGAGUUGCAUCAUAUGAUGGGAAUCCAUCAGUUGGGACAGUUUCAAUGACAGAACAUUCAAUUGAGUGGAGAAUUGUUUCAAGCGGCAGGGGCCUCAGCGGUAGAAGCAUAGAGGCUAACUUCUCUGGCACUGUUAGAUUUUAUCCUAGAACAGCACAGCGAAUGAACUCAUCAUUUCGGUCAGUUUCAACUGAUACGUUAGCUGAAGAUAGUGACUGUGAGCAAGAUAACACUAACAAUGGUGCCAACUUGGAUGACUACCUUAUGGAAAAAAUGAACAGGGACCUUCAAGCAGUUGACUUGGAAGAGCCAUUGUCUUGGCAAGGCUAUAAUUAUGCUAAGGUUUCUUUUAAAAUAGUUGGGGGCACGCUGUCUGGUCUUAUAAUUGAUCCAAGAUCUGUAACAAUUUACCCUUCUGUCAAAGCCCCAGUUGAAUACUCAAUGCAGGCCUCUUCUGGAGACUACAUACUAUGGAAUACCUUAGGAAAAUGUCCUUCUGUGGCUUUGCCAAAAGAAUUAUGAUCUCCAAUGUUCAUGACCGGGCCUGGUCCUCAAUGGUUUUCUGGUCCUACCAGGGCUGUGAUGUAGUAAUUAUUUUUCUUCUUCUUUGUUCUUCAGGAGGUUUUGUUUCAGCGCGAAAACAUCAAACAUGUACAUCUUUUUGUCAAGACUGUUUGAUAUGCGGAGUUCAGAUUUCAUGGCUCUACGCUGUCUCGAGUACAAUAAUUUCUCUCAA